AUGUCGUACCCGACGUGGUCACACAGCGGCCGCAUCCUCUUCAAUGCGUCUCGCGUUUACUAUGUGCCCGAUGAGCCAUGUCUUCCACCACUUCGAUGGAUGCCGGAGCUUCAGCGCUUUGAGUAUCUAAGCAAGGAAAACGAUGAGGAUGUCUCGUUGCGUGAGUCGCUGACAGAGCUAGCCGAGGCGUACUCCCAGCUAUACCAACUUCAGCCGGUCCAGCAGCAGCUACCAGCUGCUUCGCUGAGUGGUUACUUGCCGUGCGAGGCGCUCUACGGCGUCCUGCCCCUCGGCGCAGAGAGCAACUCUGCCCUGCUCUACGUCACAGAGAAAGAGUACGUGUGCACCCUGUGCGUAGGCAGCGCGGCACACGACGUGUUCGCCGUGCGAAGGCUGCAGUGGCUUUUUUUGCCGUGCGCCACGUCGGCCCUGUCAGGGCGGCGACAGAAUGGCCAGUGCCAACGCUAUCACCGAGGAAGUCCGCGAAGUGGAAACCGCAGUGGCGGCGCUGGUGGGGGUAUGUCAGAUGAUGCAGACGGUGACACUGACGGAAAUGAAUAUGGGCAGGCCCGCAGCAACUCUUGCAGCGGCGACUUCAUGAGCGAGACAGAUGAAGAGGAGGACGACAACGCUGAGAACGAGUCGUACGUGAUGGAACGCCUGCCUACCAAAACUCUGUACGACUACCUCGCGGUGCUGAAUCGCUUUUGCGAGUCGAUCAACGCCGAUGGCGGAGGCCAACAAGUCAGCGGCGCCGCAGAUGUUACCGCCAGCAGAAAUGACAAGGGCAAGCUUCAAAAGCGCGCUUCCCAGCUUCCUGGCAUUGUUGGCCCCCCCAACCGCUUCUCCUACUUGUAUUACUCGCCGACGUUGGACCUCAGCGCUGAUCCGGUACACCUCUUGGCUCUGAUCACCCACACCGCGCAUCCUCACGUCGACGACGGUACUACAUCAACUGGCGGUCGCGCCACGAGUGAGACCACAAACGGCUCGCUGUCGUCGAAUCCCAAUCGUGAAAGCAGCGGCAUGACGACCGAUUUGUCCGAUCAGCCACGCCUCUCCAAGCGCGAGCUGCAAAGCGCGGCGAGUCAUUUGUGGGAGGAGCGGCGCGCGGCUGCCGUCACGCGCCAGUUGUAUCAGUGGAAUGGCCCACUGGUGGGUGAUGCCUUUGCCCUGCCCACCCUAGCUGUGCUACGGAAAGAGUACGCGAGUGAGCGUACGGAGGCGUGCAAGGAACCGUCCUCCUGCGGAGAGUCAAGGCUCGAGCCGUGGAGCUGCGUCUGCGCCGAUGAACUGCUGCGCGACAAGCUGACACAGUGCCAACAACGCGGCGGCUAUGGUGGUGGUGCCGUCUCUCUAGCCGCCAGCACAGCCCCAGCCACGGCGUUCUCGUCGUUGCCCCUUUACAUACCCUCAUACAUUCGUGGCCUUGUUGCCCAGACAGAGGCGUCGCCAUCCGUGUGUAUGACCCUGGUGACUCGCUUGUGCUGCCGCUGGGCCGGAACGCGGUACAACCGGCGCGGCCUCGAGCCUGGGCACAGCGGUGUUGUAGCAAACAUGGCGAUGUCGUCGCUCUGGGUGACACCGCAGUCAAGGAAGAGUGCCACGUCCUUAACAGAGAAGAGCGAAACCACCUCAGACGCCAGAAGCUUCGCCGUGUACAGCAUGCUUCGCGGUUCCGUUCCGCGGCGAUGGGAACAGCCCGCGAACCUCUCACUGAAGCCCACCAUCAAGAUCGCCCCGGCUGGCAGUGCUGCGGAGGAUCUAGGGCGCCAUGUGCGACUGCUGAAGCAGUGCCUGCCGCAUUUACAUACUCUCUACUGCCUCGACACCAUGUCUUCCUCCGAGCUGGAGGAGCCGCUUUCGGAGGCCUUCGCCGCCGCUGUCCGUCGCUACAAUGAGGACCUGCCGAGUGCCUCCACAACUACCAAAAGUGGCACUUAUCCCUUCACUUCAAGCGUAGGAGCGACAGCCGAAGAGAAGGACGGUACAGUUGCCGCCCUAACGGUAGACAAUGGUGAAGAGUCUGUUGGUGCUGCUAACACGCCCACUCGUGACCCCAUUGUGUCACUGGUAAAGUACAACGCAGGGAGGGACCUGAGAAGACUCUCGUAUGCCGCGAUGAUGCGUGAGUGCAUUGCCAAACUGGACUGUGCGUGUGGCGCGGACACGUGGUUGGAUUUCACAAAGGGCGAAGCAUACGCUCCCCGCACUGGAGUCGACAAGGUCGCCAUGGGAGGUGUGCAGUCGGGGUUACAGAACAAUAACCUGACGGGCACUGAGGACGAUUCUGGGCACAGGGACACUGCACCACGUCUCUUGCUGGCCCAUGUGCAGUCAAGACUGGUUCGGGUGAACUGUCUAGACUGCCUCGACCGUACUAAUCUGGUGCAGAGCAUGCUAUGUUGUGCGGCGCUGCCGCAGAUGAUUGACUACGUAGAAGGGACACUGCAAGAGAGGCACCAGACGCUGACGGUGACGGAGCGCUCGUCCCUAAGCCAAGCGGAGCUCGCAGAGGCGUCCUACCGACUUCGCCUGCUGUUCGCUGCGCAGGGCAUGGCCAUUUCGCAGCUCUAUGCAGGCACAAAGCCGCACUUUGUUCCCUACAUGCUCAGCGGAUGUUAUCGUUGGUCACAUGUAGCGGCGGAGGGUGUCUUGUCGCUGCGCCGGUGGUACCAACAGAACUUCUUCGAUGGUGUGAAGCAGGAUGAGGUAUCGCUCGUGACGCGGCAGCACGAUCCACAGGUGUUCAAUGCUGAUAUCGAGAGCCCCUUCUCCCGCGACCUCAGCGGGAUGAAUCAGCAGGUACUCUACGGCAUUCUGCUGGGUGUCAUGCCAUUUUUGUACAGCCUCACUAUGUGUGUGAGAGAGUCGAGGGGCUUCUCCUCCUUUGUCUUUCAGCUGCACUUCGGCAUCUGCGUGUGCUGGAUUGUCUACCUUUCUGUGCUGUAUAGCAAACUGAUGAGGUACCGCGUCACGUACACAAAUCGCCCGCUGCUCCUAUACACACGCCAGGCAGACUGGUGCUGA